CACACACACACACACACACACACACUCAUAACACACUCAUCUGCAGCUGUUUCCACACUCUGAUGAAGAAGAUGAUGCUGUUGAUGAAGACGAGGCCCUGACUCACACACUCACACACACACUCUGGUAUCAUGGGCUCGUCUCUCAGCGAGCCCUGCAUCUAUGAUAAGCUGUCGGAGAGCAUCGACAUCCUCCGGCAGUCUGGAUACAGGUAUGGGAUGAGCGAGAGCGAGAUCGAGAAGUUCAUCAAGCAGGUGCUGGAGACUAACGAGCCCCGCAGGGAGCCCCCACAGUUCCCCAUCCUGAGGGCCACCGUCAAGCUGGUGCUGGCGCUGGGGGUUCUGCUGAUGGUGGUGCUGGUGUUCACGUAUCCUCACAGUGCGCCACUGCUGGACUCCUCGAGCGCAGCCGGACUCAACAGAUCAUCACCGCUCAGUCACGCACGGCUGCUGGAGCUGCCCAUCGCCAACAAAUACAAUCUGCACGGGUUUCACGAGUGGUGGGCGUCCGGCGCCCUGCAGACGCCGCGGGGGAACUGCUCCGCCUGCGCAGACGUGACUGCAGUGCUGGAGCUGAGCAUGUCUGCGGGGAUCAACAGACACACACAGCCCCUGCUGCUCAAGGGCGGAGAGUCUCUGUCUCACCGUGUGUCUCAUCUGGAGCAGUUCUCACAGCCGCAGACGCUCAGAGAAACACCGGCCAACUUCACCCUGCUCUGGAGUUUCUCGUCCAGUCCCAGAGAGACGCUUCUCCAGUGGCUGUUUCCCGACACUGAGCUCUGCCCUCUGCUGGAGAACACAGGCACAACACUGCAGCGCUGCCAGCUGACCGACAGCACCAGCACACAACACACGAGAGUGCAGGUGUGGGGUUGGCUGGUGGUGGCUGAAGGGUCUCCGUGGGUUCGUGUUGUUCCCGUCCAGCGAUGCCAAACCCACUGCCGCUCCUUCAGUCUGUGGCUGGAGCCGGGGGACAUGGUGUUGGCGGAUCCGCGCUUCUGGCUGCUGGAGCUCUUCCCGUCUGGAGCUCAGAGAGUGCUGUGUGACGGCCCUGUGCUUUGAGACUCUGACCACGCCGAGCCUCACACCUCUCCAGGAAGUGACAUCAGCACUCAGACGCUGGUGUUUCUGGGGUCUUCGGCUCCGGAGAUGUUCUCUGAUCCUCACGGCCAGACGCUCUGGAACACGUUCACUUCAGAGAAACUGUAUUUUGAUGAAAGAAAAUCAAACCUAUUUUAAUACAUUUUGACAGUCUUUUCAUGACCAUUGAGUGCAUUUCGUCUACAAAUUACUGGGAUGCAAAAAAAACAGAAAAAUCUCAUUACUGUACACAAAUAAAUUCUCAUUACCGUUACAAUACAAUUAAAUUAAUGUUAAUAUAUAAAGUCAACUGUAAAUUAUUUUAACAUUUUAUGGUAGUAUUUGUUGUACUGACUAAAUUUAAAUAAGAAUAUUAUUUCUGUAAUACAGCGCUGAGAACAAGAUUUUUUGGUGGAAAUUUUUUUUUGUGUUAUGGUAAAAAAAAAAGGUGUAACGGUAAUGAGCAUAAAUAUAACUGAUAUAAUGAAAACAAGAAUGAGAUUUAUUACAACUUUUUUUAAACAUUUUCCCAUGUUAUAGUAAAUCUUUUUGUUGGUGUAUUUUUUCAUUAUGGUAAUGAGAAUUAUUUUUUUCCAAAUCUUAUUUUUUUGGUGAAGGUAAUGAGAAUGAUCUUAUUUUUUUCAUUAUGGUAAUGAGAACGAGGUAUUUUGUGUGUAUUACGGUAAUGAGAAUGAUUUAUUUUUGUGUAUUACGGUAAUGACAUUGAGAAUAUUUUGUAAUAUUAUGGUAACAAGAACUUAUCAGGAGAAUCUAAGGUUUUUUUUUUUUUUUUUAUUAUGGUAAUGACGGUGAAUAUUUUUGCAUCGCAGUAACGUGAGCGUGUCGGAAAAUGCGUUUUAUUGUCAUGAAUGUAAUUUCAGUCCUGAAAUGUGAGCCGCGCAUGUUCCGCGAUCAGCCAAUCAGAGCACUUUAAAUGUUGGUCAUCUGCCGAUGACGUCAUCCCCGCCAGACGGUUUAAUAUAGCCAAUGUUUAUUAUUUUUUGUCCUCUGGAGUUUAAUCAUCGUAAAUAAUGAGAAUAAGAUGCAGAUUUACUAAUAUGAUUCAGAGAUUUAUGUUGAUUGUGAUUUACACAGUAAACAAAAGCUGCUGUUCGUAAA